AUGCCUCUAAACCCCCAGUCCGACGGAAUGGUGCAACAGUUUAAUGAAACUAUAGAACAUCAGUUGGCAAUUUUUGUGAAUGAGAACCAGAAAGAUUGGGAUGAACAUAAUGAGUCAACAGGACUCAAACCAGCAAAGGUGAUGAUGGGACGAGAAUUAAGAGUCCCUUUGGAUUUGCUGAUGGGGAUUCCUUCUAAUAAGAAUUACGUGAAAAAGUUGUCUUAUGUGGAAAAGGUGGAGGAGAGUAUGGAUAUUGCACAUAGUUUUGCACGGAAACGGUUGAGGGUCACAACAGAUCGGAUGAAAACAAGGUACAAUAUUAAUGCGACAGCGGUAACACUGAGCGUUGGAACCCCUGUGUGGCUGUACAGACCACAGCGGAAGAAAGGACUAUCUCCUAAACUAUCCAAGCCUUGGGUCGGUCCGUAUGUUAUUCUGAAACGAAUUAAUGAUUUGGUAUAUAGGAUUCAACUUUCGAGUCACAGUAAACCAAUGGUGGUGCAUCGUAACCGUCUGAGAGAGUACGCUGGUGAGAAUGUGCCCCAAGUUUUGUCAAGAGAAGAGGGAGUCAUAGUCAGGCAUCAAAAAGAACAGAUGGCGCUGAGAAGAAGUACCAGAGAAUGA